AUGAGUGANCCUACCACGUCAACCACCGCCGUCGCUCCUGCCGUAAACGCCAUCUCGCUCAUGGCUCCACGCCGCUGGCUGUGGCCUUGCUCCGAUUCCCACGUCCUGCGACUACCUGCCUACCAGAAGCCCACCCUACAAGCUUGCCUCGUGCACCCCGACAACCCUGACCAAGUCCUGGUCCAUGACUCCGACGAUGAUCUGGACGACGACUUCCACUCGGCCAAACGCCGCCGCAUCGAAGCCAUCGCUCAUGCUUUUCUCAAUGGCCAGCCCAUCUACAUUCCCUCUGCCAGACUAAAGGGUCCCUUCCCUGCUGACAGAGAGUUGUCNUCUUGUCACGACCUUCUCUCGAGCCCCGAUGCUCAGCCCGUCUCGCCUCCGCCCACUGUCACCGCAGACUCAUUCAUUCGUCGUAGACCCGAGCACCUGCGACCCAAGUCUGCCACUCCUGGACCUGCUCUCACGCCAUCCAAGUCCCGCCAGUCUUCUCCCGUCGUCUUGGACAAACCUGUUAGCCGUCCACAAUCUUCUCAGCGGCCUGCUCGCCCAGCCACAAACAAAUCUUUGAGGUUCAACCUUCCAUCCUCCGCAGUCUCGGUUCCGACCACUGUGCAACCGCCGCUGCCCAAAUUCGUUGCUAUCAACAAGGCUCCACCCCAGUCUCGCGAUACCCCGAACCAGCUACCAAGUUCCACCGCUCCGUCUCGUUUCUUGUCCUCUCCAAGAGUCCGUAUACCCGAUACAGACUUCAUAUCUCCUAGCCCAUCGCCCUCCAAACACGACCUUUCUCCAAGCAAAGCCGCUGUUUUGAGGCAAAGGCCCGCUUCUUCUCUGAACAAGAUCGAGAAAGCCCCUUGCUCGACCCACAAGCUCCCGAGCGUGAAGAAGAACAAACGACCAAGCAAAAGAGUUUACCAGGCUGCGACUACUUUCGAUACCACUUCGCCCUUCAUAUACAGAAGGAAUGCCGCUCAGCCGAGAAAGAUAUCCGAACCAUCCAAUGAUACAAGCGUCGAACAAAGGGCCAUGUCUGUCGAACCUGCAAAAGUGCGCAUCGGACCCAGCACAACGAGCAGGCAGUCCCGGACUCCAGUUUCGCCUGAAAAACGACAUCAUGUCCUGUUCCAGUCAUCUCUGGAUGUCCAAAAUCCGAAGCCGUUACAAGCACCGUCGACCGCAGUUGUCUCAGAGCAAUCGCCUGAAAGCCCUCACCACGAUUUUGCACCUGCGAUCAACAUGUCUUUUGGGCAGGGAUCUCUUGGUAUGGACUUCAAUGUUCUCAAUCAUUACAACGCUUCCCUGCCUGCGCUUUCUGCAGAGGAUACAGGAACGGAUGCCAAUACACGCAACCAACCACCGCCUGCCUCGACUGCCGUUUUGAAUGUGGAUAUAGAGAACGAUCGAUCGGAAACUAGCAAGGCACACUCCCAAGAAGCUGAGGGAAGAGAGGCCCUUUCGGAAAAUCUGUACGAAGGAGAUGAUCUUGACUCGCGUCCAAACGGAGGGAAUGAAUACAUAUUCGGGCCAACAGGAAAUGCUUUGUCGGAAGUCAUUGGCAAUCUAGCUGAACAGGCUAUGGAAGAUACUGUCAUAGACGACGUGGUAGAGCCCGAGGAAGAUCUUGCGGAAGAGCUGCCAUACGUCAGUACUCAGGCAGCCAUGCAAGAUGCUCAUCGUGCUCUCUUCGAUGCUUCUUCACCUCUGCAGCCACAAGAGGAGAGAGUCGAAUUGCCUCUCGAGACACCGUCGAAACAGGUCACGAGUCCUCCAUCGAGUCCAGUACACACCAUCACACCAUUCCAUCAGUUCAAUGCCGAGUUGACUACUGACACACAAGCUCCAUUGCCUAACACGCAAGCCUUAUUUGACGGGUUCUACUCUCCAAUCAAGCUGAGUGCCAAAAAAGCGAGGACUACAAAGAGGGCGAGCUUCGCUCCUUCUGUCAUCCUUGAAGACGUGGACGAUACUAUCACGAGUAUCUUUGACUUCCCGGAAGACGAUGUCGUGCACGAGCAAAGUCAUAAUGAAGAACCCGGGCAAGACAAGUCCGCAAGCAAUGGCCAAGAUCAAUCGCCUGCCCAGGACCUGCCCAGUCCAAUAGAGCGUCAAGACCAAACGCAUCUCUCUCCUUCUCGAGACCUGGCGAGAUCACCUUCCCUUUCUCAGAACUUGGCAGAAGCCCCUUCUCCCCCAAAUCCAGCAAAUCGCAGCGAAUCUCCAGACUUCAUUCCUUCGCAGAAGCCUCCAGCCUCGACUAAAGAAUCGACUGGUCAUGUUUUGCCUACUCUGCAACAGGAUUCGAUUAGUCUCUCAGAAGUGCUAAAUUUUGUCAGCCAGAGGAGGGGGAUAGAUGUCGAUACGCUCUUGUCACAGGCUACGCCGCCGUCAUCCUCCCGUAGUGUGAACAAAAAGUUCAUACAUCUGCUCGUUCAUCUGCAGCCAAGAAACGCUCCUCUGAGGCAAGGCCGCGCUCGUCUCAGUCAAGACGCCCACGCUCGUCUUUGUCGNAAUCCACUCUCAGAGCAGAGAGUUGGACAGCGUCGAUCCACACGCCUUUCUCUCUCACAACCGAAUUUCCAAACGGACGGCGCGGAUGAUGAUGAUUUUGACACCGAGACAGAUGUAGACGGACCGCCGGCAACACAACCUCAUCUGACCUUCGCUGGCUCGGGUCGUUCUUUUGCCGCAGUAUCAUUCAAUGUGCCUGAUGGUUCUUCCACCAUACCUGAUCCCAGUCUCGCGUUCAACCAUGCGCAGCAGAACGCAACACCCAUCUCAGAGAAGCUUGCCUUUACACCCGGCAGCGCACCACAAAGCACAGGACCAAUGUCCAGUUUCCAGCAUGCUCAGAAGCAGUACAGUAGUUUGACAGACCUUGACAGUACGAUGCCAGAUUUGCCGCAAACAUUCUUGCCACCAUUAAAUUGA